AGAAGGAGCUGCUAUAACGACCCCGAGCAUGGGGCAAAAAGUCCCAGGUGGCAUCAAAACCAUUGAUAUGCGGGAUCCGGCAUUCAGCCCCCUGAAGCUGGAGCUACAGGCCCUGAGUCACACCAAACCGUCUCGACUGGAUCUGCUGCUGGACAUGCCACCUGCCAGCGUGGAUGUCCAGGUCCAGCACUCGUGGAACAAUGAUGACCGUUCCCUCAAUAUCUUCGUCAAGGACGACAACAAGCUGGUGUUUCACAGGCACCCUGUGGCUCAGAGCACGGACGCCAUCCGGGGCCGCGUUGGAUACACAAGGGGCUUGCACGUGUGGGAGAUCAGCUGGGCCAUGCGUCAGAGGGGCACACACGCUGUGGUCGGAGUGGCUACAAGUGACGCCCCGCUACACUCGGUGGGCUACACAGCUUUGGUGGGAAGCAACGCUGAGUCGUGGGGCUGGGACCUGUGCAGGAGUAAACUCUACCAUGAUGGCAAGAACCUCCCAGGAAAAACCUACCCAGGCUUCCUCGAGCCAGACGACACCUUCAUAAUCCCAGACUCCCUCUUAGUAGUCUUGGACAUGGACGAGGGGACUCUGGGUUACAUAGUGGAUGGACAUUAUCUAGGGGUGGCGUUCAGAGGACUUAAGGGCAGGAAGCUGUACCCAGUAGUGAGCGCCGUGUGGGGACACUGUGAAAUUCGAAUCCGGUACAUAAAUGGACUCGAUCCUGAACCCCUUUCUCUGAUGGACCUGUGUAGGCGUUCAGUGAGGGUGGCAUUAGGAAGAGACCGUCUGAGUGAAAUCCAUAGACUGCCCCUGCCAGCCUCUCUCAAGAACUACCUGCUCUACCAAUGACCACGCUGACAGUCACAACACACACAGCACACCCUCGUCUCUUUCUGUUUCUCUGGGAUCCUUUUUGGGUUGAACCCGUUUGACAGCAUUGUUCAAACCUCCAGGACUGACUAAGCCUCAUGAAUGAUUCAACAAGUAUGCUUUCUGUGUCAGUGGAUGGACUCGUUUUUGAGUUUCUUAUCCUGUUUUUAUGACUCUUUGCAGUUGUGUUCUCUAACUUUAUCAAAUCAGGAAUCACUGAGCACUAUGCACAUGCUGAUCCAGACGAUGCCAUGACAGUCACCAUAUUGGUGUACCUCCUCCAGUUUGUAAGUUGAUGUGGCAUAUGUAGUCAGUACCUCUGCUGUGACCUCCAGGCUUUAUGAUUCUGAAUUUCUAUCUUGUAGCCUUUUUAAAUUUAAAUGCUAUUGUGCAAAAAAAAAAUAUUGUGUGAUGGAAAUUGAAAAAGGUGCAGAGGUGCACUGUCAGUAUCUGACCACAAGGUGGCAUUGCAUACUCAUGUCAGCUUGUACGUCCUGUCAAAUCGAGAAUUAUAACAUGAAAUCCUAAUUGCUUUUAGAAAAUGUAGUUUUUAAAUAGAUAAUGAAUGAAAUCUUCCGUUCACACAACACAGAAAUUAGAUGCUGACCACUCUAUUGGGGGUAUGAAGUGCAUUGUGGAUGAAUGCACUGUGAGGCAGCUGAAGAGCAGCUCCCACCACUCACUGCACUAUCAGUUCUCGCUGCGAUAUACAUGUGCCCCAUUGCUUGCCAUCAGGCAUCUGACAGGAACAUCAUUAGCGGAAAUUUUAACGGAAGGAUAAUGCCACUGUGAUUAUUUGUAGCAUGCACCUGCAGGAAAUUUUUCUCAAUACAAUCAGUGUCUUUUUUAAAAAAUCUUUUGUCACUCCUGCUUUUUGUAGUUCAUUAGUUUUCAACCACAUGCUGUCGAGGCCCGAGAGAGCUGUUUUUAUUAAUUCAACCAGUCGCAUCAGCUGAUUUCACUCGUUUGCACAUAUAAAGCCAGAGAAUGGAAAUCAACUGGUGAAGACGCUACUGUAGGGUAAUGGUUGGUUGCAAUGAAAACCUGCUAUCCUUGGGGUCUCACUGCCACAUAGCUGAGAACCAUUGAUGUAGUGUUUGUGUUUUAUGAGAUUUAAGGGUGGGGGGGGUGCAGACUAUGUAGGUAAACGGUAUUGUGCUUGAAUCAGCACAGUUCAGAUGUAAGGCAAUGUAAAGACGGAAAAAGACAAUCCACAAAGUGCUGCACAAAUGUAAUAAAGAAGGUCAGAUUGCCAACAUAUUGUCAAAUGCCAUAUCAUAGACCUGUUGACUGUAGUAUUUUUAAAUGUGCAGAUGUGGUACACAUUCAGCACUCAGCUGGAUGUGCACACACUGUGCCACACCUUACUUUUCCUUGCUUGCAGCUUCCAUUUUAUUUGUACUCCUUGUUGUAGAUUUGUUUGUAAGUAUCUAUUAAAGAUUAUUUCAGAUUA